ACAACAGCUUCAAAUGGCAAAUCAAAUGACCACAAAUCAUGUUCGUUCAACGAGCUUGCCUACUGCAACUCAUCCUCUUAUUUUGAGUGCAGAGGAGCAGUUGCGAAGGUUAAAGUCAUCCGAAGGAACUUCCACAUCUUCUAACUCGACGAUAUGCCAAAAAUUAGAUGGACUCAGAAAAUUGUACAAUCGUGUUGAUGAUGUCCUCAAGUUGCCAAUUAGCCAACAAGUUCAUGAAAAACAUGUCAAAUUGCUAGAACAAGUAUCUGAUGUGUCCCUCAAUGUUUUGGAUACUUGUAAUAUCAUUAAAGAUGCUUUCUCACAGAUUAAAGAAAGUGUUAAACUACUCGAGUCAUCUCUUCGAAGAGGCAGAAGUGGAGAAUCUAACUUAUCCAUUCAAGUUGAUGCAUACAUGGCAUCCAAUAAGAAAUUGAACAAAGUGAUUUGCAAAUGUCUCAGAGAUUUGAAGCAGAAAGAAAACAAUCAGACAAUAAUAAUAGAAGACUCUGACUUUGCAUCAUUGAUUAGCUUAAUAAAAGGAGUUGAAGAUAUUAGUCUUACAGUGUUGGAGUCAACCCUAUCUUUUAUUUCUCAUCCAAAUAUGAGAUCAAAGUCAAGUAGUUGGUGUUUGGUCAAAAUGUUGAAGCCUAAGAGAGUCUCAUGUGAAGGAAUUGAUAUCUCUGAAGUAGAAAAGAUACACAUGGAGUUAGUUCUCCUACGAAAUGAGAAGAUCGAUCAAUCACAGAUGCUAAGUGCACUUAAAAAACUGCAGGCAUUUGAGUCGAGCAUUCAAGAACUAGAGGAUGGUUUAGGAGUUAUCUUUAGGCUUCUAUUGAAAAAUCGAGUGUCCCUCCUCAACAUUCUCAGCCACUAAUUUGUGAUAAUGACUAUACGGGGUCUCAAUCUUGUGGAUAUGAUUUUGUCAUUACAAUUUUCCGGUUGUAUAUAAAAAUUUGUCAUAUAGAAUACAGCAAAAUGUAAAAAAAAAAAAAUUGUCAGCUAUCUAUCUUUGAAUGUACUGAUGUUUUCCGUCAAUAAUCUCCAUAUUGAAGACGUGCACAAUCAUAAUAGUGUUUGUUAAUAUUAGCUGUUUUGUCAGAUUAAGAUGCCAAAUGGAAAGCUGAAACUAAGAUUGCUAAAACCAUGAAUUUCUGGAACUAACAUGCUAUGCUAAAUAUGUUUAUC